AUGACAGAGUCUGAACUUGAUCCUGAAUUGUUGAAGAUCCAGCUGGUGGAGCUGCUGCCACCGCCUGACUGUGUGUCUGCCCCAGGUCAACGCUUGGUGUGGUCCACGCUGGUUCUCCCAGAGCAGAAGGGUCCUGAGUUCCCUGCACCACUUCUGCACUCCCAGACACGGAAGGGGUCUCCAUCGCUCAGUGUGCAGUUCCGGGUCCCCUCUUCCGGCCCCUGCACUGGCUGCCCUGCCCCAUCUGAGAGUCAGGCCCUUGAUGAAGAUGCGGUCAAUGGCGUGGACUGCCGUGACGAUGAAGCGAGCUACUUGACUGUUAACAUUGAGCCUCUCCCACCUGUCGUGGCUGGUGAUGCCGUGACUUUGAAGUGUAACUUCAAGACGGAUGGUCGCAUGCGAGAGAUCGUGUGGUACCGGGUGACAGAUGGCGGCACCAUCAAGCAGAAGAUCUUCACCUUCGACGCCAUGUUCUCCACCAACUACUCGCACAUGGAGAACUACCGCAAGAGAGAGGACCUGGUGUACCAGUCCACCGUGAGGCUGCCCGAGGUCCGCGUCUCGGACAACGGUCCCUACGAGUGCCAUGUGGGCAUCUACGACCGCGCCACGAGAGAGAAGGUGGUCCUGGCAUCCGGCAACAUCUUCCUCAACGUCAUGGCUCCUCCCAGCUCCAUCGAAGUGGUGGCCGCUGACACGCCAGCCCCCUUCAGCCGCUACCAAGCCCAGAACUUCACGCUGGUCUGCAUUGUGUCUGGAGGGAAACCAGCGCCCAUGGUUUAUUUCAAACGCGAUGGGGAACCUAUCGACACAGUGCCCUUGUCAGAGCCAUUGGCUGCAAGCUCUGGCCCCCUCCAGGACAGCAGGCCCUUCCGCAGCCUCCUGCACCGUGACCUGGAUGACACGAAGAUGCAGAGGUCACUGUCCCUGCUGGACGCCGAGAACCGGGGCGGGCGUCCCUACACGGAGCGUCCCUACCACAGCCUGACCCCAGAUCCCAGCAUCCUCCUCCAGCCGACCACCGAGAACAUCCCCGAGACGGUGGUGAGCCGCGAGUUCCCCCGCUGGGUCCACAGCACCGAGCCCAUCUACUUCCUGCGCCACAGCCACACCCCGGGCAGCGACGGCACCGUGGAGGUGCGCGCCCUGCUCACCUGGACGCUCAACCCGCAAAUCGACAAUGAGGCCCUCUUCAGCUGUGAGGUCAAGCACCCAGCGCUGUCGAUGCCCAUGCAGGCAGAGGUCACGCUGGUUGCCCCCAAGGGACCCAAAAUCAUGAUGACGCCCAGCAGAGCCCGGGUCGGGGACACAGUGAGGAUGCUGGUCCAUGGAUUUCAGAAUGAAGUCUUCCCGGAGCCCAUGUUCACGUGGACGCGGGUCGGGAGCCGCCUCCUGGACGGCAGCACGGAGUUCGAUGGGAAGGAGCUGGUGCUGGAGCGGGUUCCCGCCGAGCUCAAUGGCUCCAUGUACCGCUGCACCGCCCAGAACCCCCUGGGCUCCACCGACACGCACACCCGGCUCAUCGUGUUCGAAAACCCAAAUAUUCCAAGAGGAACGGAGGACUCCAAUGGCUCCGCUUCUGGCCAUGCUGGCGUCCGGCUCACCUUGGUGCUCGCCCUGACAGUGGUCCUGGAGCUGACGUGAAGGCUCGGCCUGCUCCCCGUGCCAGCCGGCACCGACGUCUCCGCCAUCGGUUUUCAAUUCUUUUCUAAACUAUUUCCAGUCCUGUUCUUAGUCUCUUUCUGUCCGUGUCUUGGCUUCUUCAGUCGGUUUAAUUAAAACAAACAGAACGAUUUUCCCCACCUCGGUCUGUGGCUCUGGAUUCUUCAUUUAAGGCAGCAAGUGGGUGCCCCUGGCAUCCAGCACUGGGACAGGCCCUGGGUGGGGAGGCCAGGAAGGACAUGGAAGACGUGUCCCUCCACCGGGAUGUCUGUGUCCUAAC